AUGGAACUGUUGGCAUCUGGGCAUUUGAUGCCGUCCGCAACAUCAUUAGAAAUUGUCAAAGUAGAGCCUAUAUUGUCAGUGAAGAGCGAGUUCUUGGAUUCCGUAAAGACAGAACCACCGAGUCCACCGGCGCCAGCGACGGCACACGCUAACGGCAUCGCAGUCACAGCAACACCGACAUUGACAGACCAACUCCGGUCUCCUGGAAAUUAUGAGAGGCCAUCCUUGUCCUACAAAGACCUUAUAAUUGAAGCCAUUGAAUCAAGUCCUGAAAAACGGUUGAAGCUCAACGAAAUUUACCAGGUAUUUCUUCUUCAAAUUUCCAUUUGUCUAAGUGCGUUCGAUUUUAUCAGUGGCGCCUACUGUAAUUGUUUUUGAAACGUUCAAAAAAUUUUUCCUACACACUUCUCAUUAUCAAGAAACCAGAUUGUAAUCGGUCAACUAGACCAGUUUCCAGUGUUCCUAUGUGUUAAUUUCGGAGAAUAGCAGUUUUUCAAGUAGUUUUGAGAACUUUCGAAACCCGAGAGCAGACCAAGUGUCUCAGAAAAAAAAAGUCCGAACGCACUUUCGUCCUUCCUCCCUUAUGCAUGACCAUUGUGAAAAAUUGCUAGCGUCUUGUUAUUCUGGCCUAAUACGUUUGCCUUGGAACAAAACUUUUUCUUCGUGAAAACAAUUCCGAAAACAACCCGAGGGUGGCGUACUGUAUGCCUUUCCGCAAUGUUCAUAGUUCAACAAACUUAGAGAAAACGAAAAUUUUUCCGUUUUGUGUGUAGCGUGCAAACUGACUAGCGUUUCAGAAAGUUGGUCUUUCGUCGUUUUUCCGAUAUCCACAAAAGAUAGACAAAAAAACUGUCUCGAAGAGUCCAACUUUUUUCAAAAAGAAGUUUGGUUGUAGUGAGACAAAGCUUUUCAUAUUUCUGUUAUGAACUUGCGUUUUCCAGGUGAUCCGUUAUCUCCACCCCUACUACCGCCAUCGACCUGAUCAAUGGGGAUGGCAGAACUCGAUCCGCCACAACCUCAGCUUGCACGAUUGCUUCGUCAAACUUCCACUCAAGCAAACAUCUGCAAGCGGUGUCGUAGGUAAGACCUUAUCGUAUUGCAAAUUUUUCUAAACGGUUUGCUGCAUUUUGGGCUGCGAAUGAGCAAAAUAAUAAGUGCAGCUCAGCUUCAAAGGCAAUCUAAAGUUGAGAGGCGGAGCACCUCAAAAGUUGUUUUGAAAGGAAGGAGAAGGACGAAUGGGAGAAAAGGCCACACGAUACGCUUGUUUUUGUUUUUUUGCUAUUCAGGCGGAGCAUAACAACUUGCCCGAUCUCUGGUCUGUUUUUUCCCGAGCUUCCAGUAAUUGAGGCUUUUGCCCGGCGUUUUUAAUUUAUUCCCUCCAAAUGAAGAAAAAAAAUGUGCGAAAAAAACAAAACAAUCCAGAAAGACGGAGCUUCAUUUGCACUCGUCCGUGUUCAUCAAUUGGCUUGACGGGAAACGUUUGUUUACCCAAAGCAACUUGAAGAGUGUAGAAAAGAACAGAGAAAAGCUGGAAAAGAACGCGCCAACUCGGAGUUUUCCGACCGCGACAGAAGGAAAAAACAGCACCAUUAAUCUUGGCACAACCCGCAGGCAGAUAUGCGUCCGAGAGCUCCGUUUUUCUGCUUCUUCUUUUUUUUUGCUCCACAUCUUCUCUCAACGCAAACAACAUGCAAAAGAAACAUGAGGACUCGGGGUGGGCAAGCCACGAACUACAUAAACGCUUUCCAUUCAAGAUAGAGGAGAAAAAAACUGAAUAAAGUGGCAUUUUCUUCCCAAAAAAAUUGCAUUAUCAUAAAUUUCGAGCAGAACGUCUUCCAAAAAAGUUGUCUAUUGCAUUUCGGAACGCGGAAAUUACCUCGAAGUCAAACAUCCGUGCAUCUUUGAAUUUGAUACAGUAGCCAGCUUAUUUGAUCGAUUUGAUUGGAUAUAUUGAUAAACUUGCAGGUCACUUCUGGACAGUCGUGCCAGAACUCAGCGACAAGCAGACUCUGCGAAGAAGAAAUCGAACUCAGCAAAGGACGGCGAAAAAAGCAGACAUGAUUCGUCCAGGAUCAAGAGAAGACAGGACUAGCUCUGGCAGUGGAGAGACGUCUCCGAGUCCGUCUCAACCGUCGGUCAGCCCUCCGAACGAGCUACCUAAGCCUCAACCGAGCUAUGCCAGCGUGGAAAACUUGGACAGCUACAAACUCCUAUCUUCUCUCAUCUGCCAACAAUGUAAUUUUUCUCUUUUUAUAACGAAUGGAAAAAGAAAAAAUCUGAUCUCGAAACUUUUUUCAACAAAUCAUCCGGCUUCACCCACGUUCUUUUUUUUUAUUUCGGAUAUUUUUUAAUCCUUUGACGUUAGUGUUUGCAGAUUAUCCGAAACCUUUCUUGUUUUUAAGCUUCUUUAAUGAAGCAAAGUUAAAAAGUGCAGCUAUAAAUAUUUACAAAAAAAAAAAACAUAUGAGGCUGCUUAAAAUGAGCUGAUUCUAGGAUGAGGAACUAGUUAAGACAUGAAAGCUCAGACAUAGGAAAAACAAGUUUAUUUUCAGUUCUGAAUCACGGAUUUCCACGUCAAAUGAAAUUCUUAAAUGAAAAAAAUAAUAAUAUUUUUUGGGAGUUUGAAAAAGGAGUGUUGUGAAAUUCGAAGAAUCAUCUUCAGUAAGUGAGAAAAGCACGCAAGUAUUUGAUUAGAGUUUUUCAUAUGGCAAAUUUAAUUGAUUUUUCCUGUUACCAUUUCGAGCCAUUUCUCAGGAAAAAAAAGCAGAAUAAGUUCAUUCAGCUGUUUUAAUGAAUGAAGUUUGAAAAAAUCACAUGAAAACAAAGCUCUGGAAAACCUAGGGUUUGUAAAAAACACUUCGAGAAGUAUUGACAAGGAAUAUGAAUCUUUAAGAAAAUUUUUGCAGUGUCGGCAAUAAACUCGAUCCAACAAAUAGCCCAAGUGACUGGCAUGCCUUUGAGUCCCGGACUUCUCAAUCUGAACAUCAACCCACUGUCGCAGCUGCUGUCGCUGUCGCAGUUGGCGACGACGUCCAUGCCGACGACGCCGAUCGGCGCAGUGCCGCCGUCCAUUUCUCCUAUCAAAUCUGAGCCAUCUUUUCUUAUGCAAUAG